UAAUUUUUUUUAUGGUGAUUGUCUUAAUAAUAAAGAGAAAACAUGAGUCAAUAUGAUUUUUUCAGGUGCCUUAUAUGUGGAAAACUGCUCUGUAGAACGUAUAGUGACAGAUGAAGUACCACACUCACAGAUUGUCCCAAGAGUCACAUAUAUUGAAACCUCCCAGGGUACCAUCCAUUGUGAAUAUUUUGUCAACACUUCUGGAAUGUGGGCUCGCAAGUUGGGAGAAAAGAGUUCACCAAAAGUCCGCAUUCCAGUUUUUCCAGCUGAGCACUUCUAUUUGCAUACAAA